AGAGGAAGCCACGCUGGUCCACGCAAGGCCUUCCUGUUUUUUGGCCCCAAAUCCUCAGAGGCAGGGACUCCAGGGCCAAAGUUCCCACGCCACCUUCACCUCCAGAGGUUCAGAAACCUGGAGCUCUGAGGCCAGGACACCGUGUGCCGAUGUCCCUGCUGCUCAGACGGGGAAACUGAGGCACAGGGCUUGCCCGAGGCUUCCCGGAAGGACGAGGCUGCAGGUUUCUUACUCAGGACGUCCGGACUGCACCCCUGCGGGUAGGGGUGUGGCGGGCUGGGUUCCAGAGAGUGAGUUCUGCUCACUUCUAUCAACCGAUCGUUACGUGAGGGGAAGUCUCCACUCUACACACCGGGAAGGUGCUUCAAAUUAUCUUCAACGGGAGGGUGACGCCAGCUCCCUUAAGAGGUAGUGAGGCGCCUGUCACGGAGGUAUUCCAGCAGAGGCCAGAAAGGCCGGACUUGGGAAGGAAGUCAGACUAACGGGGGGCCUCUGAGGUCCCAGGCCAGCUGGCAUAUUCUGCGAUUCUAGUGUGGCAAUUCCCAGAUGGCGGUUUAUAAAAUUCCAAGAGACUUUGAGGGUUGUUGUUGUUGUUGUCGUUGGUUGUUUGAGCCUUUCAUUUUACGAAUGUUGUGUUUUAAUUCGAAGGAUUCUUGAAUACAUGUUUUGAGGCUGAAUUAUUUAAAUACGUGUCUUGAAGUGUUGUUGUCUAUCGUGACCGUUCAGCGUUUUACAAUGAUUGAAAACCCCCUUUGUUUAAAAGUUAUUUAAACAUUGUCACUAUGAAGUUGUUGGAAACCGUUUCCUGAGCUUUCACUGCGCUGUGGCCGGAAAGUUUUUCGGAUAAUUAGACUGAAGUGCGGGCAUUACCGUUAUUGCCGUGGUUGGGGGUGUUUUUUUUGCCAUCGUCCCCCAUUGAUGGGGAAUUUUUUGGCUGCUUGAAGGGCCAGGCCGCUGCGGCUCGUGUGCGCCAUCUCUCGGCGGUGGGCGGGACUGCAGGUCGCGCCGCUCACCGCCAGGCCCUUCGCUCUCAGGUGUCACUUCUCGUCACCCCGACCUCGCCAUGCGGACCCCGCGAGCGCCCCCUCCUCGCCCGGCCCCACUGCUCCUACUGCUGCUACUGGGGGAAGCUAAUGGCCUCUUCCCCGAGGAGCCGCCGCCGCUCAGCGUGGCCCCCAGGGACUACCUGAACCACUACCCCGUGUUCGUGGGCAGCGGGCCAGGACGCCUGACCCCAGCAGAGGGUACUGACGACCUCAACAUCCAGCGGGUCCUGCGGGUCAACAGGACGCUGUUCAUCGGGGACAGGGACAACCUGUACCGGGUGGAGCUGGAGCCCCCCACGACCACGGAGCUGCGGUAUCAGCGGAAACUGACCUGGCGCUCCAACCCCAGUGACAUCAACGUGUGUCGGAUGAAGGGCAAGCAGGAGGGCGAGUGUCGGAAUUUUGUAAAGGUGCUGCUACUUCGCGACGAAUCCACGCUCUUCGUGUGCGGUUCCAAUGCCUUCAACCCCGUGUGUGCCAACUACAGCAUGGACACACUGCAGCCCCUGGGGGACAAUAUCAGCGGCAUGGCCCGUUGCCCAUACGAUCCCAAACAUGCCAACGUUGCCCUCUUCUCUGAAGGGAUGCUCUUCACGGCCACCGUUACUGACUUCCUAGCCAUCGAUGCCGUCAUCUACCGCAGCCUGGGGGACCGGCCCACUCUGCGUACCGUGAAACACGACUCCAAGUGGUUCAAAGAGCCCUACUUUGUCCAUGCGGUGGAGUGGGGCAGCCACAUCUAUUUUUUCUUCCGGGAGAUCGCGAUGGAGUUUAACUAUCUGGAGAAGGUGGUGGUGUCCCGAGUGGCCCGGGUGUGCAAGAAUGACGUGGGGGGCUCCCCCCGGGUGCUGGAGAAGCAGUGGACGUCCUUCCUGAAGGCGCGGCUCAACUGCUCCGUGCCUGGCGACUCCCAUUUCUACUUCAACGUGCUGCAGGCUGUCACGGGCGUGGUCAGCCUGGGGGGCCGGCCGGUGGUCCUUGCUGUCUUCUCCACCCCCAGCAACAGCAUCCCCGGCUCGGCUGUCUGCGCCUUCGACAUGACGCAGGUGGCCGCCGUGUUUGAAGGCCGCUUCCGUGAGCAGAAGUCCCCCGAGUCCAUCUGGACCCCCGUGCCGGAGGACCAGGUGCCACGGCCCCGACCUGGGUGCUGCGCGGCUCCCGGCAUGCAGUACAAUGCCUCUAGCGCCUUCCCCGAUGAGAUCCUCAACUUUGUCAAGACCCACCCCCUGAUGGACGAAGCGGUGCCCUCUCUGGGCCACGCGCCCUGGAUCGUGCGGACUCUAAUGCGGCACCAGCUGACACGAGUGGCUGUGGACGUGGGCGCCGGCCCCUGGGGCAACCACACCGUCGUCUUCCUGGGUUCCGAGGUGGGCACCGUCCUCAAGUUCCUCAUCUGGCCCAACGCCAGCGCCUCAGGCACCGCUGGGCCCAGUGUCUUCCUAGAGGAGUUCGAGACCUACCGGCCGGACAGGUGUGGACGGUUCAGCAGCGGUGAGGCGGGGCGGCGGCUGUUGAGUCUGGAGCUGGACACGGCCUCGGGUGGCCUGCUGGCAGCCUUCCCCCGCUGCGUGGUCCGCGUGCCCGUGGCCCGCUGCCAGCAGUACUCAGGGUGCAUGAAGAACUGUAUCGGCAGUCAGGACCCCUACUGUGGGUGGGCCCCUGAUGGUUCCUGCGUCUUCCUCAGCCCCGGCACCAGAGGCACCUUCGAGCAGGACGUGUCCGGGGCCAGCACCUCAGGCUUAGGGGACUGUACAGGACUCCUGCGGGCCAGCCUGGCGGAGGAGCGCGCCGGGCUGGUGUCGGUGAACCUGCUGGUGACGUCGUCCGUGGCAGCCUUCGUGGUGGGCGCCGUCGUGUCCGGCUUCAGCGUGGGCUGGUACGUGGGCCUCCGCGAGCGGCGCGAGCUGGCGCGCCGCAAGGACAAGGAGGCCAUCCUGGCGCACGGCGGCGGCGAGGCGGUGCUGAGCGUGAGCCGGCUGGGCGAGCGGUGGCCCCAGCGGCCUGGGCGUUGGCUGAGCCGGCGCCGGGGCUUCCAGAAGGCCGGGGGGGCCCCAAGGUGCCGGUUAGGACUUUGAGGGGAGACAAGCAGGGGUUUCGGGCAGGGGGGCCGGGAGGGCCUGCCCGGAAGUCACAUUGGCAGCAGCUGUCCAAAGGGCUUGGUGGUCCGGGGGCGGGGAAGGCGGGCGGGCCCCACUGUAAAUACGGCCCCAGGGUGGUCAGAGGGUCCCAUGCCACCCGUCCCCUCGUGACCUCCCCCUCGACCUCCAGCUGACCAUGCAUGCCAGCUGAGUGGCCAGCUGAGUCCUGGACCCUCUCUGGACUUUGCCUCCCCCAACCCCCUCCCCAUCAAUAAAACUGUUUACAACCACCGGCACCCCAAGGCUUUGGCUCUGCUCUGUCUCCUGGGGGCGGGACCUGGACCAUGGUGUUGCCCCGGGGGCAGCUGGGAGCCCCUGUGUCACUCGCGGUGGCAAGCAGAAUUCUGGGGAGCUGGGUGUGGAAAUGGGGGGGCAUCUUCCUCUGGAUGGGGCCGGUUCCCGAUUCGUUCUUGAGCAGAUAUUUACUGUGCACCUGCUAUAUGCCAGGCACCGUCGGGGACAAAGAUCCCUGUCCUCAUGGAGUUCGUAGCCUAGUUGGGGACUUGCAAAUUAGGACUGGAUUUGAAGGAGUGAUGUGUGCAGUGGGGAAAAGGCCAGGUAAUGUGCUAGGUAGAGGGUGAG